AUAAACUUAUAUCGAUAGGACUAUUAUCAAGGCUCGAGGUCUAUGGCAUCCAAAUCUAAAUGGAAAAACUUUUGCUGUGUUUCGUGUCGAUUCAAAACAUCAUUUGAUGUCUUUAUUAUCGAUGUUAGGUCCCAGUCCUGACUGGAUAGUAGGUGUCAGUGCACUGGAACUCUGUCUUAAGAACUGUUCGUGGAUUACAGAAAAAGUUAUGAAUUUAUAUUUAUGGGACGCGGGAACAGACUCUGGUGUGACAUAUUUAGCGCCUAAUUUCCCAACUGUUCCUCAGGAGAGGAUUAGAAGAAUCACAUCGACUAAUCCCAAUCACGCGGAGUCACCCUUUUAUGACUCUACCGGCGCCCGUAUGAAACCCAUCGCUAAGCUAACGGUUUCGCGACAAAGGAUUUAUGAGAAGGCGUGCGGAGACGACCCAAACAAGUUGUCACCCGUUUGUGUCGGAUUUGACUGCGAGGAGACUGAAGACGACAUCAGACCGGACUGUCAGGUGACUGAAUGGACAGAAUUCACUCCAUGUUCUGCGAGUUGUGGUCACGGAAUCCGAAUGAGGACUCGAAACUACAAACACGAGGCAAUCGCCCGACAAAUGAGUUGUUUGACUAAAUUGAUUGAAAAGGAAAGCUGUGAAGUCAAGUGCGUGAAUGACGUGAGUUGUGCCACAACCUCGUGGUCUGAAUGGCAGGAAUGCAGUGCCGUUUGUGGCAAAGGCUUUCGCACCCGAACCCGAAAGUUCAUGAACCGAAUGGCACGCAAAGUGUGCAAUCAGGUGGAGCUGAUCGAGAAGGAGAUCUGUAUGGGACCACUGCCUCAGUGUCAGGACCAGGAGGAAAUUGACCCCAAAUGCAGUGUCACCCAAUGGUCAGAGUGGACGCCCUGUACGGUCACGUGUGGCAAAGGAGUCAAAAUAAGGACUCGUCUUUUCAUGAGUCCGCGACAGUCUUCCAAUAUCUGUACCAUUGAUUUGAUCCAAAAGGCCCCCUGUGUUGCGGAUAAGAUUGACUGCAAAGUCGACUUAAGUGAGGCUAAAGAGAUCUGUAUGCAAAACAAAGAGGUGGGUCCCUGUCGGGGCUAUUUUCCCAGAUAUUACUACGAUGUGAGUAAAGGGAUGUGCUAUCAGUUCAUAUACGGUGGCUGUCGGGGCAAUAAAAAUAACUUUGAGAGAUAUCCAGACUGUAAGCGUAUGUGCGAAGACAUGCUUAAGAACUUCGUUCAGGCAUCUCUGCCCCCGUCUACCAUUGCCUAUGCAAAUGCUAUGAAAGACGCAACCGUUCAUCUCGAGAAAGGCCUCGUAUGCGUUGACUCCAUGGUCUCAAUGGACUCCGUGUUCGCGUUCGUGUGGAAGCGCUCGUAAGGAAAGGCGACGCGAAAUCAAACUCAACGCACAAAAUGGUGGCAAAGGGUGUCCCAAGAGAUUAGUUCAACGGAGGAAAUGCAAAGAUAAUCCCGAUUGUGCGGACUCUAAUCCAUACAUUUACUCCUUUACUAACAAAUUAUCCGCAAAAAGCACAAAAAAGCAUAAACACCAUCACCAGCACUACUAAUAUACCAUUUAUUCCUUUAAUUUAAUAAUAAAACACAAAUCAUUAUAACCUUCAGACCAAUCACCAGUGGAAUGUAAAAUGGGUUCGUGGGGUGAAUGGUCUACCUGUUCAAAGACAUGUGACGGACAGGGUUUCCGAUUCCGACAAAGAAAUAUUUUAGUAAAUGCUUCCAAUGCGGGCAUCGCUUGUGGCCCUCAAUUUGAUCGACAAAUCUGCGCUAACUUUAAUCCCUGUUAUUAAACGUGUCAACAAUUCAACUAAUAAUUGUAUUUCAUUUAAGUCAUGUCUUCAAGUCUUCCUCUACUUAUUGUAUUAUCUAAAACACAACACAAUUCACGCCUUAAAUGAAGUAAUCAUUUGGUCUUCUAUUGGAAGCAAUGGGUUGAGAGAAAGACAUUUAUUUCUGUUGUAGACUCUAUAUAUUGUGCACUCAAAUAGUUGAUACUGUAUCAAGUCUAUUUAAUAUCACUGUUGCUAGUUGAAAUAUGAUUUCAAGAUAGAACUUCAUAUCUAAAGCCCCAACCCAUGCAUUCAAUUGAAUAACAAAUUACUUGAUAAAUAAGAAUAUGUUAAUAAUAUAAAACAAU